AUGUCACCUUCCACCGGAAACGCAGAUCGUUUCCUCGAGCACUUAAACGAAUUUGAUAUCAAGCUGGAGGAGAGCGCCUUAAACUAUCUUACUAGCAUGCUAGCAGUCCUCUCCACUAACAGCGACAUUCGAGAGUCAACAGAAAUGAUAUUGGAAGAAGCAGAAGUAGACAGCGAGCGCAUGGAUGUCUUCUAUGCAACGCUAGGAGCAUCAAACGCGCCAGCCUCCACACCUUCAAAGCAGCGGCCACCGAGUGACGACCCAGUACCAGCAACUCCAGCUGAAAAGGUUAAACAAGGAAAGGGAAAAUCGUCAAUGGCCGGCCGGAGACAGAGGCACACCCAGAAGAAAGCUGCCACUGAUGAAAGUGUGAUCACUGGAGUCGAACCCACAAUUAUCGCAAGCUCGCAGCAGAGCCGAUUUCAUCGAGAGACUCUAGAAACAAGCUCUAAAGAUAUCGAUCUGGCCGAUGUCAAUAUUUCAGUAAAUCAGUUGGAUUUGUUGGUUGAUGCACACCUUAAAUUGAAGGAAGGUGUGCGAUAUGGUUUGAUUGGCCAGAACGGUGUUGGCAAGACAGUCUUAAUGAAGUGUAUGGCCGAUAAUAUACUGGCGAUGCCGCAAAAUUUGAAUAUUCUUCAUAUCACACAACUCGAAACCUUCGAUGAGUCGACUGUAGUGCUGAAUGAAGUCUUAGACGCAGAUAAAGCUUCUAAGAAUGCUCUAUGGGAGUUUGAAGAGUUACACCGAGUACUGGGCAACGAAAGACAAAGCACAGCAAAGAACACAGCAGAGCUUAACAGAGUUGUGCACAGAAUUCUACUCUCACGACUGCGAGAGCGCCUUGAAGAUGCUCGGCGUCUAGCAAUUAAACGCUCUGGCACACGAGGACACGAAGCUCGUCAACAGCAGCUGAAGCUCGAGAAGGAGUACAGCGAACUUGAAGUGCAAAACGCGCAAACAUUCAUUACUUCACGCAUGACUGCUGACCUCUUGCCGGAAAUCUUUGACAAAUAUGAACUGAUAAACGUGGAGGCGCAAGCUGCAAAAGCACGGAAAAUCCUGAAAGGUCUGGGAUUCAGCAAGGACCAGACUGAUGCGCCAGUAAAGACACUUUCAGGAGGAUGGAGGAUGAAAAUCGCACUCGCAAAAUCGCUGUUCCUAGAACCUAACGUUUUGUUCCUUGAUGAACCAACCAACCACCUCGAUUUACCUGCAAUUUUGUGGUUACAAGAAUAUCUAAUUAACGAAACAGAGGGUCUCACCGUUGUCGUCGUUUCACAUGAUCGGGAAUUCUUGAACGCAGUCACAGAUGAGACGAUUAUUCUGAGAGACAAGACCCUAAAAUAUCACCCAGGCAAUUUCGAUGAUUACGAGAAAAAUAGCGAAGAGCAGCGUAUUCGUAAGCAGACCAUGCUUGAUACCCAGGAAAAGAAAAGGGCGAAGGUAGUGGCUAGUAUUCAACAUAACGUUCAGCAAGCCAAAUCGACGGGAGACGAUAAACGCCUAGGUCAGGUGGCUUCGCGCAAAAAGAAACUGGAUCGUCUGGGCAUGGAAAAAACAGAAGAUGGAAAGCGGUUCAAGGUCAGUUACUGGGCGGGGUACCACGAUGGAGCGAGGGAGAAAGUCACAGUGGAGCAAGCAGUAAAGACCGCGCCCAUAAAGAUACCAGUCCCUGAGCCGCUACGAUUUCACGGCUCUACCUUCAUGGCCAAAGACACUUCUUUCAAAUAUCCCGGUACUCAGAGAAACGUCAUCGAAAAUUUCUCUAUCGAUAUUAAGUCCAAUGAUCGAAUCGCAAUCUUGGGUCCCAAUGGAUGCGGCAAGACCACACUACUUAACAUGUUGACUGGCCAGACAAAACCGACAAAGGGGGAAGUUUAUCAUCACCCUCUUCUUCGGAUCGGUUAUUUCUCGCAACAUAUUGUAGAUCAGCUCGAUCACGAUUGUACACCGGUAGAAGAUAUGAUGAAACGAUAUCCAGGCCUGACAGAGCACGAGUGUCGGGCACAAUUUGGCACCGUGGGGAUCACCGGAAACACGGUAUUGCGCAAGACAAGAAACUUGAGUGGUGGACAGCGAAAUAGGAUUGCACUUGCACUUGUCCUGCAGAAUGCACCUCACGUGCUUGUGCUUGAUGAAAUCACAAAUCAUCUGGACAUGGGGACAGUCGAAAAGCUCGUGGAUGCACUGAAAGAAUUUACCGGAACACUGAUCUUGGUUAGUCACGAUGUGUGGUUCCUGAAGCAGUUGAUGGAAGAGGAAGAGGACGACGGUGACGGCCCAGAAGAAGAAAGCGAAUUUCUACGGAGAGAAUUUUAUAUUGUCAAGAAUGGGCAGGUCGGCAAGUGGGAAUCAGAUAUGGACGCUUAUGUGGAGACUGUAAUGGGAAAAGUGAGAAAGGCUCGAUGA